AUGACGAGCUUUGUUCACGAGAUGUUCCCCCGGAGUGGAGAUGACGGGAGAGCAGAUGACGGAUACGACCGGGGAAGGCGAGCAUUGGUCGUGACAGCGUCGUUGACGUCCCUCGCCGCUGUCAUUGUCAGCUUGCGAUUGUUUGCACGACUCAAACUGAUGAAAGCCACUGGGACUGAAGACUGGCUUAUUUUGGCAUCCUUGGUUUUCUCCAUCAUAUACCUCGCCCUCGUUGCUGCUCAAUUCCAUUUUGGAAUGGGUGUUCACUCCGAUCAAUUAUCUCCUAGAAUGCUGCAAGAGCAACUCAAGUGUUUGUGGGCUGCAAUCCCCAUGUACAACGCCAGUCUGGGACUCACCAAACUCUCCAUCCUUUUUCAAUAUCUCCGCAUCUUCCCCGCUCGCUCUUUUCGCAUCGCCUGUUAUGUUGUGAUGGCCAUUGUGGCAACAUACUCAUCCUGGGCCAUUGUUAGCGGCUACGUCAACUGCGUGCCCGUGGCCAAGUUCUGGAAUCACGACAUGCCGGGCAAUUGUCUCAACUUCGAGGCAGUCUGGUUUUUCAAUGCAUCGAUGAACAUUGCAACCGAUGUUACUCUUCUCAUCAUGCCUAUGCCGUUACUGGCGCAGCUCCAGCUUCCCCGCAUGCAGAAAAUUGCUCUGAUGGGUGUUUUUGCUAUGGGUAUUCUGGUUGUCAUUACAAGUGUCCUCCGCCUCUCCAGUCUGCGAAUCGUGGCCAAGAGCACAGACACGUCCUACAGCAAUGUUGGAGCCGCCUACUGGACCGCUGCAGAGUGCAAUGUCGCAAUCAUAUGUGCCUGUCUCCCCUUCCUUCGACCCAUCAUCAGCCGCAUCUUUCCCAAGCUGCUCUCUACAAACAGCUACAACCGUACAGCCAGCUACAACCGGUACAACAGCAACCCGCGAACUGCUACCAACAACUUCACUGGUCCUGGCUCACAGCGUCGAACUGAGCUUUUCAGCCAGAACAUGGAUAAAGACUACGACAUGUACUCUAUCAAUGUCAAGCCUGGAGACCACUCAAGUCAUAGCUCUCUUGGUGGCAUUGAGGUCACCACUGAGAUGAGUGUCACGAAAGAAAACAACAAGCACAAUGAUAAUGUUAGUGAGCGGCACUUGGUAUCCGAUGCGGCAUGA